CGGUGAGUCUAUAUAAAGUAAGCCACGAUCCAUAUUGGGAAAAAGUUCAAAAUGAAUCAAAACAAUGCGCUAUCUCAAUAUUCGACAACUAAUCAACACCACUUUCCACCUCAUCAAGCUUUCAGUUAUCAAAUACAUAAUGAGGUCCAAGACACUCAUUUGAGUUUUGUCCAGCCACUCAUUGUUGACGAGACAAAGCAUUAUCAAGAAUCUCUAGACGAAGACCUUGAAACUGACGACGAUAACAUUCAACAUGAUGAUAAAUCAAAUAGUAAUGAUCCUUUUGAAGGAACUGUUAAAAAAGUUGCAAAAAAAACAAGAGGAAGAGUGAAAAUAAAAAUGGAAUUUAUACAAAAUAAAUUGAGAAGAUAUACGACGUUCAGCAAAAGAAAAACAGGCAUCAUGAAGAAAGCAUAUGAACUCAGUACAUUAACUGGCACUCAAGUAAUGCUACUUGUGGCAUCGGAAACAGGGCAUGUUUACACAUUUGCAACAAGAAAAUUGCAGCCUAUGAUUACCUCUGAAAGUGGCAAAGCACUUAUCCAGACGUGUUUAAAUUCUCCUGAUCCUACACCUGUUACUGCUCUAAGGGUACAACAGCAUCCUCAAGUGCAGCUAAUUACCUCAGAUAACCAACUAUCAACACAUGUUCUUGAUGAUACAAAUGAUUGUUUAUCACAAAAUGAAUUUCAAGAAACAGAAUUAGAAUAUGCACCACAAAAUACGAAGGUCACAUCAGAUAAUAAUAUUGAUUAUCCUGUGCAAUCUACAUCAUCAAAAGGUAACACAAAACAAACUUAUACAACAAUUAUGACUCCUGCAUCUUCUAUUAACACGACUGUGCAAUACUCGCAAAAUCAACAAACAUCACAGAUUUUAUCUGGACAACUUCAAUUACAUCGCAUUCAUCCUCAGAAUAUUAUACUUACUGGGAAUUCUCAAAUUUUACGAAACAAUGUCAUACUAAAUCAUAGCAAUCAAGGAUCGAUUGUUGUCACUGAAAGUCCAAAUCAUACACAAUCGUCACAACCAGUAAGCCAAGUACUGACUUUAAUUAACCAAACUCAAUCAGGCAACUUACAGCCUGUUCAAUGGGUAUACAAUAAUGGUGUUAUAUAUGCUCCUGCUUCACAGACUAACUUAAAAAAAGAAGAUAUUGAAACAGAAACAAUCUCUAUCCAGCAUACUCCAGUUAUUCAAACUCAAACACUUCAAGAGUCAAAUGUUGUUAACAGACAUAUAUUAGAAGAUGGCACUAUAUUACUAAGGAAAUAAAGUUCUAAAAAAUUUUUUAUAAUAGAGAUAUAUGAGUGAAUAUUUAAACAUUUAGUUUAGUUAUACUAUCUUUAAUAACUUUGCAAGAUCAGCAUGUUGUUUGUGUACACAUCUGCUGGUUAGUUGCUUAACAUACUUUAUUUUUUAUAUUGUAUUUUUUAAUUGUGUUACAUAAAUGC